AGUCAACCAAAGCUGCAUGACCUCUUUGUCCCGCCGCCACCUCGGGCAUGAGGGCGUUCGGGAGGGAAGGAAUAACCUGACUCACUGACUCACUCCUCCUCUUAGACCCAAACCUGGUACUCGCGCUCCUCUCGUGUCUUCAGUCGAGCUCUGGCAGGAAAAUUGGAUUCGGUAUUUGCCUUCCUGUAAUUUUUGCAAGAGAAGGAUGUUGGAGAGAUUACAGGCUUACUUCGUUGUUUUAGAUAUUGGGGUGAAUGUCCACGUGUGUGUGUGUGUGCGUGUGUGUGUGUGUGUGUGUGUGUGUGGGUGUGUGUCUGUGAUGGGUGGUGGCACUCUUAGUUCCGCUGUGGUGGUGACUGGAGUGAUGCUUUACUAAGAAAUCACCGCCCUCCGACACGUACUUUUGCUUUUUAACGCGUUGAGUGGCUGUCACGCCCUUGCGGGGGCGGCGAGGUGGGCGGCGCUCGGUGAUAGCGGCGGUGGAGGUGGUGGUGGUUGCGGUGGUGGUGGUGUCAGCGCGGGGCGGGCGGCGCAUAGCUGAGUCUCAUACCUGGUCAGUCUUCCUCGGUUAGCCAGUGCGGGCGGGCGCGUCUCUCCUCGCCGCCUUUCGCUCGCCUCGAACAUCAACCCUUAUUUUCGACUACCAGGCUCGCGGGCGACGGUGACAGCCCUCCAGCGUGAGGCGCCGGGGAGGACCAGGACCUGAGGAGCAAAUCAGAACAUUGUAAACAGUGAAAUGCUCCACAAAACUUAGUUAUUUGUGAUUCUCGUGAACAUUGUCCUCCUGUGUGCCGAGGGUGACCGCUGCCAAGUUGAGUCUCGCGCAAGGUUAUAAGGACAGUGAGGCGGUGUGUCCCUGUUCCUCCCGCUUCUCGUGUCGCUGCCUCUCUCAGCCUGUGACACGAUCCCAGCCCCUCAGCGCUUCCAGCACACGCCUUCAGUUUAAGAUCGUGAGACUCAGAAGCGAUUCAAAACCAACUUGUGUAAUAGAAAAUAAGAAAAAAAGGGCGUCCCGAGGAAAUGCUGGCGGUGUUCGUGUUGGGUAAUCGGUGGAAGAGGGUCCAGGACAAAAACUGCCAGAACAAUACUCCUCCUCACAAUGGACAUUAGCUAUUGAGAGCACCGAGAAAGACAGACAGACACAGAAAGAUUGCAAGCAUGUAAAAAUGUCACACCCAACAAUGAUGCCAAGGAAACAACAAUGUGGGAAAGAGAACAUUGAUUACAUUGACCAUAACCUUUUAAAAACUUGGUGAUUUCAACAAAGAAGUAGCAAGUAAUCCAAAUCCUGCUUGUGUGCCACUGGAGAUUUCAACAACAAACCAGUGAUCAGAGCCCAAAGUCCUCACUGGGGAUUUCAACGCGGUAUCAGCAAGUGAUCAAGCAACAGCAAGGAAAUGACGCGCUAAAAAUAACCCAACCCACCACGAGAUAAGGCCAAGACGUAAGAAACUCGCCUAAAUUCACUGCAAAAAAAACCUCGGUGACUUGAAAAGGGAAGCGUUGAGGAGACCAGGGGCGGGAUGAUGAGCCGUGUGAAGAGAGCUCUGGGCCACUCCUAUGAUGUAAACGACCGCCCCUCCUGGUCCUCGGCCGCCGACCCGGAGAUGCGUCCCUCCCAUACCCACAGCCGCCCCAAGGAGCGCGCUGGGGGCCGGGGCGAGGAGCAGGACCACGUUGAUACUGUGAGUCUGUCCUCCUGGAAGAGUGUUAGGGCCUGCAAGGUGCAUCGAGGGAGGAACACAAAGACACAGACACAUAAGGCAGUUUCUUCUCUUCCUGGGGUGAGUGAGGCUGCAGAUGGCGUCUCCUUCCUGCGAGGUACCACCACCACCACCGCGGCCUCAGACUUCACUCCCUACGGCUAUGUGUCCAGGCCAGGCUCCACCCCGCUCAGCUACAGUCUGUGGGGAUCGAGUGCGUCCACCACCACGUCGGAGGAGUCUUACCGCCGCCACUUCAGCCGCAGCCUGUGUCGCGUGGUGUUCGGGUGUGCUGUACUGCUUGUCAUUCUCGCCGUGUUGGGCAUCGUGGGCAUCGCUGUGUAUCUCGGAGUCAUGACGAGUGAGGACGAAGCUAUUAAAUAUGAGAUGCGUUACUCCGGGGAGCUCCUGGUGACCCGAGGCGACUCUUGGGUGCCCGAUCUGGCGGUGCCCGAGUCCCCGGCGUUCAGAGCAAAGGCUACGAAGUACGAGAAGAUGCUAAGGACAGUGUACGGCAGAAGCUUCCUGAAGGAUUCUCUGCGUUCCGUGAAGGUAACUCGCUUCCACCGCAAUGCUCUGGAGGGGAAUCGGGGCCUUCAUCUGUUCUUCCACCUCUCCCUCGACCGCCGGAAGAUGCCCAGCCACGUGGACAACACAGAGGCAGCGGUACAAGACGUGCUUCUUCAGGAGCUCAUGAGUCUCGAACCAGUAGCUUUCCAGAGCGUCGCUGUGGACAUUGACUCUCUCAGACUAGCACGGGAAACAGAGACUGGGGAGCAGGCGGCGGGGGGCGGCGUGUCUGUGCCCCUGCCCCGGGAGGAUCAGGUGCAGGUCAUCCAGGUGGGGGGCACGCAGAGGGCCCCUGGCGGAAAGAUCAUGGUCGUCAAGCCGGUCGCGGAGCAGGAGGAAGAGACGCCUACAAGCACCGUGGCCAAUCUUAUCUAUCAGUUUGGUCCCUGGAGGCCUGUCAACCCCUUCGGUCCGCCCCUCAUCGCUCGGCCCCCUGCCCCGCGCCCCCUCAGCGAGCCCGACAGGAGUCCCCAGCAGCCCCCAGGCGUGGUGCUUUCUCCUCCAGGCCUGUCCUCGCUGCAGUAUUCCUCAACCUACAGGGAGAGGCCCUUCCACUCAGCCACCACAGCCACGAGGCCACCCACUACCACUACUACUCCUACCACCACCACCACCACUACUACUACUACUGCUACUACUACUCCUUCUACCACAACUACACCACCAACAACCACCACUUCAUCCACGACAACCACAUCCCCCACCACCACCACCACCCCUACCACCAACACCACCACCACUACAACCGCCACCACAGCCGGGGCGGAGGUCAGCACGCCGCCGAGCCGCCUCAGUGACCGUGAGGGCCUCGCGGCUGCCGGCGGCCUAAGGACUACCACCAAGAGGAACCUGUCACAGGAAGACCUCCACGCCUACCUCGCCGAGUUGUUGGCCAUCACCACCCCGCGCCCUCAGCCCCCCUCACCCUCUCCUCCCCCACAGCCCCUCCCGCCUUAUCCCAACCCCCCAGUGAUGGUCACAAUUCCUCCGUACGUGUCCUCAAGCGAGGCGCCGAGACGCCCGGAGGUUCCGAACCCCGAGGACCGUCUCGUGACCUUCCAGAGUAUCUUGGACGACCACCAGCCGCCAGAGGUGCCUCUCCGGGACGCCGCCGCCACCACUGCCUCCCCACACGCCCCUGACGCUCACGUAACCUCUUACUCCGGAGUGCGGGAACCCGUGCCGCCCCGCCCGCCAAUCUUCAGGUUUCCCUUGGACAAAUUCCGGUUCCCCGCCAGACCCCCCACCUUGCCCCCCACCACGCGGCCGCCCCCUAGCAUCUGGGACAUGCUCACCACCCGCAAGCCUCUCAUCCUGAACACUGAGCUGGUCACCACCACCAGCACUGAUGUCCAGUUCGGGUUGCCCGGCUUAGCAGCGGGCCAUACCAGCGCCGCGGAAAGUGCGGUCACCCGCCGCCCCGUGUACCGCCCGACCAGCAGCUCCCUGGCGCCAGUGUACCGCCCCACUACGGAGGCGCCGCGCCUGGGUCCCUUGCACCAGAGCAACGGCGCGCCGGAGUCCCUCAGGGAGUUCUCGGAGGGCAGCAACUACGUGACCGUGCCUGUGAUCUCCGGGACCAGCGUGCGCUACAUGGUGGUCAACAAGACGCGGCCCAACUAUCCCAACGUGGUCAUUGUUAACCUACAAACCACGCCCGAGGACGCCGAGGAAGCCGAGGGCACCGAGGGCACCGAGGACACAACCACUACGCCCAGGACCCCGACGCGUGGGGAGUCCCGCCAGUUCAAAUCAAGGUUCCUGGAAGACGCGUUCAAGGCAAUCCUGCAGAAGACGAAUUACUGGGGCGUGGAUGAGCCUCCCGAAGGUGACACUUUUUUCAAGAGGCGAGGCAGACCAGUAGACAUGGACGCCCCGGACCCUUCUGCACCCGUGCUGGAAGACGACGCCUUGGACUCAGUCUCGCUGUGGACUUUCCUGCGGAACUUGAGCGACGUGUACCUCUCUGACCCGGCGGUGACGCAGCAGCUAAGGGAAUUUGAAGAAGCGGCACUGGCAGCUGCGCAGCAGGAAGGAGAGGAGGCCAGCCAAGCACCUCUCACCUCCCCUUCACCAGAAGCGACGUCCACCUCCACGGGAAGGCCGAUCCUCCGAUACCUUCAGAAUUACGGCGGUCACGACAGCCUGAUUCGCCCCUCCGCCACAGAGACAAACACCACUUCACCGCGAUCAGACUAUAGAUACAUUCCUCUCCGCUCAGGGGGACUUAGGCAACAGCAGCAGCAGCAGCCAGGACUCUUCACGCCUUACAUAGGCACGCCCUUGAGGCACAGACCGGUGAUGGUGGAGCUGCCCAACAUGCCCCCCAGCCCUGCCACGCCCCCGAGACCAAGCUUUCCCUUCCACCUGCCUGCCGCAGAGCCCUACACGACGCUGUUCGUGACCGGCGCGGACAGCUCGUCCCUGCCACAGAUCAUCAGCAUCUCCAGCAGAUCACCGGGUUCGGGGGGCGCCACCACCAACUCCCCCAUCCACACCUUCGUGCUCAAGGACGGCCAGACCAUGGAGGAGCUGCUGCAGGAAAUCUUCGACACCAUAUCCCUGGAGGAGGAGAACGAGACUUAUUCAUCCACCGAGCCGCCCUCCACGACCAACACACAGACCACCGCCUCGGACGCCUUGCUGCAGACCACGCGAGACGAGAUCCUGCAGUCAAUUAAUCGAAUCCUCUACAGGCAUUUGUAUUUUAUGACCACUACCACCACUACAACCACCACUAUGUUGCCCUUCACCAUCCCCUCCUCCACCACCGCGAGGAGCAUGGAGGAGCCAGCUGAAGACACCAGCCAAUCCCCCUCUGAAGAUGACAGUGUUCCAGUGUUGUUUUUCAUCACCAGAGCACCGGACACCUCCACCACUACGACCCCGGCCACCACCCCCACCUCCACCUCUUCUACCACACACCGGCCCCUCCCACCCCGUCCCUCCAGACCCUCAGUGGUGGGGAAGCCUCCUUACUUCCACCUGGGGACUCCAAGACCUUCCUAUUUCACUCUCCGCCCCACGAGACCAGCAUCAUCACCACCCACCACCACCACUGAAACCCCGACUACUUCCACGACUCACAAUUACGACCUAGAGCUGUUUCCGGUCAUGACGCGGCCCAUGUCUCCGGUACGACCCCCGACGACCGCAGUCUCGCCCACAACAACGACCUCCCUGCCGCCCACGAAGGAUUCCUAUGAGAUUCUUGACGACGGCGAGAACGAAAUCAAGACGACAGUGGUGGGGGCGGGAAUGGGACCGCAGGUGGAGGAGCGAACGGAGACUUCAGUGGAUGUGUCGUACAGUGUCCACAGCGGCACCACGGAGCACUUCGUCAAGAAUCAAACGAGGCCCACCCUGUGUCCCAGCCAGUCCCAGUUCCGGUGUAACGGAGGCGAGUGCAUCUCGGAGUUCUCGCGGUGUAAUUUGGUGCAGGACUGUCGCGACAACUCGGACGAGGAGAACUGCACCUGCGCCGACUUCCUCAGGAGCAAAUUCCUUAACCGCAAGAUCUGUGACGGUAUCGUGGACUGCUGGGACCACUCCGACGAGACCGACUGUGAGUGGUGCCAGCCCGGCCAGUUUAUCUGCUCGGGGUCCAACCAGUGCAUUGACCAGACCAAAGUUUGCGACGGCCGCCCUGACUGCAUCUCCGGCGAGGACGAGAAGACCUGCGUCACUAUCGCCCCAGACAUGCACGCCGCGGACUCCCUCAGCUACUACAACGAAGGUUACCUCAUGGUGCGGAAGAAUGGUGCGUGGGGCAAACUGUGCCUGGAGAACUUCGAGCGCGUCACCUCCCGCGCCGCCGCCCACUGGACGGUCAGUGACCUCGGCCAGGCGGUCUGCAGGACUCUCACCUUUAGUGACUUCAGUCGAGUCGAGCGGCAAGUGGAUCCGACCCCUGUGGCACGCCCUGACCCGCUCCUGCCCCCGGGUUACCGCAAGGGGAUCUACCGUCCUGACCUGUCCCACAACGCCACCGCCAAGCCCACCUACUACAAAAUCCACCUCACUAACUCCUUAGCCUAUCCCUCCCGCGCCCGCUCCUUCGCCACCCCUGAAGAAGGAAGCGCCCCUGGUAACGAUCUCACGCUGUCUCUAGAGUUCGAGGAGACCCGCUGCCCGAAGAGGGACGUCCUGCAAGUGUCCUGUCAGAGUCUGCAGUGUGGCAUGAGACCCCGAGCAGUCAGUCACCGUGCCAGGAUCGUGGGUGGCAGCAACAGCGGGCCGGGUUCAUGGCCUUGGCACGCGGCGCUGUACAGAGAGGGCGAGUACCAAUGUGGCGGCACCCUUAUCAACCCUAAUUGGCUGCUCUCCGCCGGUCACUGCUUCUAUAGCGCCACGGAUAAGUACUGGGUGGCGCGCCUUGGAGCUCUGAGACGAGGCACCAAGUUCCCAUCGCCCUACGAGCAAACGCGACACAUAACACACAUCUUCAUUCACCCUCAAUACGAAGACACGGUGUUCGUCAAUGACAUCUCUCUGCUGAGGAUGGAGUCGCCGGUGCAGUUCACAGAUUACGUGCGGCCCGUGUGUUUGCCGCCGCCUGGGGCUCCUGUCCGUCACGGCCGCCUCUGCACGUUGGUGGGCUGGGGACAGCUCUUCGAAGUGGGCAAGAUAUUCCCUGACACACUCCAGGAGGUGCAGGUGCCGCUGAUCUCCACCGCUGAGUGCAGGAAGAGGACUGUGUUCAUCCCGCUGUAUCGCAUCACCAACUCCAUGUUCUGCGCCGGGUAUGACCGAGGGGGCCGCGACGCUUGCCUCGGCGACUCCGGCGGUCCGCUCAUGUGUCAGGAACCCGACGGCCGCUGGCAGCUGGCGGGCGUCACCAGCAACGGGUAUGGGUGUGCGAGGCCAAACAGACCAGGAGUGUACACCAAGGUGGCCAGCUAUUUGGGGUGGAUGAACCAGGUGAUGGAGCUGACCAAAAGUGAGCUGGUAGUGCCGGUGAGGCCCAAGUGCGCGGGCCACCGGUGUCCCCUGGGGCAGUGUCUCCCCCAGAGCAGCGUGUGCAAUGGCUUCGUGGAGUGUUCAGAUGGCUCAGACGAAAAGGAUUGCUACAAGGCGACCUAACGCGACGCUCUCCAUGCCUCUCCACCCUCUGGCCAGGCGAGGACGAGGACACACUCACUCACUGCUACCUGGCUUGCCGUCCACACCACCACCACCAUCACUCACCACCAUACUCAACGCAUCAUUACUGCCAGUGUCAUCAUCAUUGUCAUCUGCAUCACCAUCAUCACCAUUAUCAUCCAACAUCGGCCGUCCUUCACCCUCCUGUCUCCACGCGGCACGUCACACAGAUUAUCGCGUCCUCAUCAUCAACACUCAUGAAGGCGUGCUGUGGCUGAAACUGGUUAUUCCUGACUGGAGGAAAGUAUCUUUAGUAUGGAUGAAGGAAAAUGUGUCCAGUAUGGUUGAAGGAACGUGUAUCGUGCAUGGCUGAAAGAAAAGUAGUAGGGUUGAAAGUGCAUUAGGUAUAGCCUAUUAAAGUAUUUCCGAUGUAACUCGAGGAAACAUCACCAGUCACUGAAUCUUAAACAGUCUUAGGAGAAAAAAUAAUAACUUCAGAUACUUCUCGAUAUCAGGAGUUGGAUUGGCCACACGUACUUCAGAUGUAAAUAUAUGUAGCAUAGGUUCAUAUGGGCAUUAAGGCGAUGAGAUGCUCCGUGUGUGUUCUCCGGGCGUCAGGGAUAAGAAGGAAGGAGUAGGGAAGCGGAGACGGUUCAGUAAGAUAGUGCAAUAAAUAUAAAACACAUGUGCGUGUAUGUAUAUCUAGGAGGAAGGGAGGAUAAGGUAUUGUUGAUGCUAAAAGGGCGGUACUUUCUCUCUCUGCCUGUAGUAAAGACCGCCCUCACUCGUCACUCCGUCAUUGGUGUCUUCCCCUCAAUCCUGCCUUCAGUUCGCCGCGCUCCAAAUAAAACACUGUAUAUAUUGUACUGUAUAUUGUAUUGUGUAUGUUAUGUGAUUAUUUAUUCCAACUGCUUUAAUGUUGUAUGUCCUUAUUAUUAUUAUUAUUUUUUUUUAAUAGGAUUACAUUUCGUAUGUUUCCUCUAUUCUAUUUAGCUCAGUGGUCACGUCCUCGCCUGUCACUUGGUAGGCUGAGGUUCGCGCCCCGCUCAGGUGCAAAGGUUUUCACUGAUGAGAGAGCUGUUGCUGUCCUGUUACAAACAAACACACACACACACACAUACUACAUGGGCAUUAUCCAGUAUCCUCUUCUCCUUCUCCUCCUCCUCCUCCGAUCAAUAGGUAGUGAAUACAUCUCAUUCACCCAUGCAUCCAUUCAUCAUUUCUUCUAUCACCAUCACCAUCACCGCCACCACCACACAAGGCUGUACCAAAAAAAAAAAAAAAAGUGAUCGUAAAGUAAUUGGAAAUGUAGAGAUCUUACAAGAAUAUUCAAUAAUAUAAGAGUAUACAUUUUUUUUUACGGAUAAAAUAAUAUUACUUAAGAUCUUUUUAUUUCUUCUAAAUUAGCAAUAAUAAUAUCGUGUGUUUACCGCAGGAACUGGCACCUGAAUGGCAUUUUUUUUCAGCCAUUAGCCAGAGUCCCUCCUACAUAAAUAAAAAAAAAAAAAAAAAGUAGUUACUAAUCUGGCCAGCUACUAAACAAAUUUCCACACAGGUUUUAAUAAGACAUCCAUUAUCGCACUGCAGUCUGUUAAACUGUUAUGCAACUUGGAGAAAGACAAAAUCAAUUAUUCUCUCGCGAACAUUUGUGUGCAGUGAACAGUUAGUAAAGACAACCACAACAGUAAGAUCAGUCCAGGCAUGUGCAAUUGUUAUUGUUGUCUUUUCUCUGCAGCAUAGCGAGGUGGUGAUCCAUUGCAUACUGUAUUUAUUUCCUCUCAUCCCCAUUCAUUCCUAUUUCCCUGUAUUCCUUCAGAGGUGGUGCGAAUUUAGGGAGGUAGAGAGGGUCAGAAGGGACAAGACAGGGCAUGCACGGCUCUUUGUAUUGUGAUAUUAUUGUUGUUAUUUAUUACAGUGUGUACUACUCCAAAUAAAACACUCAGAAUACCA